AUGAACGGGCAUGAAAAUAACGCAGCUGAGUUUGUGUCUAUGUGUGAUGGUUUUUCAACUUUUUCUCUUAUCUUGAAUUCACGUUUGACGCUUUGUGUCUCGGAAUUUCUUCGCGACUGAAUUACGGUUUCCAAGAGUGGAUACUGGAUAAAUGUUUUGGAGCAUUUGAACGAUUUCUAAAUUCGGAAGGGAAUGCAGGUCUGGUAAGCCCAAUGACACAUUCCAUUUGAGAUGUCCGAAAUCCAUAAUUAUAAUCAAAGUCGACCCAGCAGCGCACGUGGCAGUGAUUAUGUGUGGCAGUAUGAAUAUUAUGAUGAUGACGAGCCGGUGUCUUUCGAGGGUCUCAAGGCUCAUCGAUACUCCAUCGUCAUCGGCUUCUGGGCGGGACUAGCCGUGUUUGUCAUCUUCAUGUUCUUCGUCCUCACCCUGCUGACCAAGACAGGAGCCCCGCACCAAGAAAACCCGGAGCCGUGCAAGAAGCGCCACCAGCUGAGGAACUGUGUCGUGGACAUCCGCUGCCCCCAGGGGGACUCCCUGGCCGACGAAGACAAGGCCUUCUCGCGUCCCCUUCUGGACGAAUCACGCUCCUUCUUCCACUUCUACAUCAGCAAGGAGGAGCAGGGGAGAGGGGGCCAUGGAGCGGACGGAGGGGGUGGAGGUGGGCUACAGAGGGUCCACGGGAGGCUGGGAGGACGCAGCUCCUUCGGAUUGGAGGAGAUGGGCGAGGCGGGGAAAGCCGGCGAGCAGGGAGACGGCGGUAUCGACCUCCAGGGACUUCCGGAGGAGGGAAAGUCAGAGAGGGAACACCACUUCCUGUCGCACCACUUCGAUAUUCCUAACUUUGUGAACUCAGAGCACAGCUCAAUGAUGGGAGAGGACAGCCAAUCAUGUGGUCAGGACGGCCAUCACGUCAUCAGCUGA